AUGGCCGGGGAGGACGACCCGUACGCGGUUCUCGGGCUUUCGGAGGGCACGGACUUCGAGACGGUGUCCAGGGUGUACAAGCAGAAGCUGUACGAGGCGAACCGCGACGGCAACGAGGAGCUGAAGUCGCGGAUCGAGGCAGCGCACUCCACGCUGAUGAUGCGCUCGCUCAUGAACCGGUCCGCCGGCAAGGUCACGGUGCCCAAGGAGAUCGCGAAGGCGGACCGCCAGGUUCUCUUCCCGUGGCGGCCGCGGCUGCAGCCGUGCGAGCGGUCGGGCAUCGCGGCGCGCGCCGCGCUAGCGCUGGGCUGCAUCGCGUACACCGCUUCGAUCGCGACGAGCGGCAGCUACGCGUUCAUCGCCACCAUCCUGGCCUUCUCCGUGGCCAACUACUUCAAGCUCAGCAACCUCUUCCCCGCGCCCGCGGCGAGCUACGGCGCGAACCCCGAGCAGCGCAAGGUCAUCUUGCGGAACCUCGUGCGGUCCGCGGGGCUCUCCGCGGGGUCCGCGGUGUCGGGGAUGGCGCUGUUCUACACCGUGCCGGACGCGCUCGGGAUCCUGCCCGCGGCGGUGACCCGCGCGCAGUGGAUGUACAUCGUGACCUGCUCGGCCCUGCUGUGCUUCGUCGUCUCCGCGUUCUACCGCUGA